GAGCUUCUAAAUUUGCCUACCUAGUCACCCCACUUUCGUCAGCAUCCAAACUACAGCACAUGAGUUAUCAACGGGAGACUAGCUGUUCGAGCUUAUUUUCUAGUCAAUCCCUAGUUCCCGCUAAGAUUCCCUCCAGUAAGCUAGUCUCGCAUGUGUCCGGAGCUUUUAGGAGAUCUCGUAGGAGCAGAGGCUGGGGAGAAGCAACGCGCCAGGCUGUGGGUCUCGCAGUCUCCAGACCACCAGUCCGUGCCUUGUGCGGCCAUGAGCGCGGCAGCUAGAGCCAACUCCACCGUCGCCUCGCACACGUCUCAUACCUCCUUAUUCCCGCGCCCCUUCCACCUCCCGCAGCCGCCGCUCAUCGCGCCGCCGCACAUCUCCCCGCAGCACUUCCUCUACCUCCAGCAGCAGCAGCGCCGCCUGCAGCUCGUGCAAUCUCUGCCCAUCCCGCAACCGCUCCUCCACCAGUCCGCCGUCUCCGCCGUCUCCGCCAGUUCCGCCGUCGCCGCUGUCCCCCCUGCGGUCUCGGAAACGCGGCUGCCGGCACCGGCGUACGAGUAUGCGACACACGGCGCGGUGAUGACGCCGGAGCAGGUGGAGUCGCUGCGGCGGCAGAUCGCGGUGUACGGCACCAUCUGCCAGCAGCUCGUCGCCAUGCACCAGGCGCUCACCGCGCAGCACGCGCACUUCACCGCAGCGGCGGCGGCGGGGGUCUUGGGUCACCUGCCAUUCCCCUACGAUCACUACGGCGUCAACUCCGCCGCAAUCGCCGCUCACCCCAAGACACGGCAGCGCUGGACGCCGCAACCGGCGCAGCUGCAGAUUCUCGAAAAGUACUUCUCGCUUUCCACCGGCACGCCGAAUAAGGCGCGCAUUCGGGAGAUCACGGCGGAGCUGCAGCAGCACGGGCCUAUAUCGGAGACAAACGUCUAUAACUGGUUCCAGAACCGCAAGGCCCGGGCGAAGCGGAAGAACUCGAAUCUGGCGAAUGGGGGGAGCGGCGGAGGGGAGAAGGAGGCCGGCGCGGGGGAAGGCGCGGGGACUGCUGCGGCGCAUGGGGUCGGGGGGAAGGGGAGCGCGGGGACGGGGUGGGGGAGCCAGGGGGAGAAGCGGCACAAGGGGGACUCGUCGGAGCGAGUAAAGGAUGUGAUUGUAGAGGGGGAACUGGGCCUGGUGCGCAGUGGCAGUGUGGCGAGUUCUGGCGGAGGUGACGUCAGCAGGGAGGCGGACGGGAAGGGAGGGCAGGAUGGGGGGGAAGGGAGCCCCUGUGGGGGUAGCGCCGCCGGGGGGAGUGCUGGCGGGGUGAUAGGGAUGAUUGCCAGCGGGGAAGGGGGUGAGAAUUACGCUGCGGAGGGGCAGGAGGUGGGCGCAGGGUCCGGCGGGGAGGGCGCGGUGAGCAUGGGGGAAGCAGCAGCGGGAGCGGGCGGAGCAGUGGGAGGGUCCGUGAUGCACGGUGAGCCGGUGUUGGUCACUGUGGGCAGUGGCGCCAUGGCGGUCGACGGAGGUGCGGCGGAUGCAGCGCCUGUAGUAGGAGGAAGCCUGCCACAGUAUGUUGGGGAAGGGGGAGGGGUGGCAGGGUACGAGGGGGGCCACAUGGAGACUGGUUUGAUGGGGGAUGCGGUGGGGCUUAGAAGGAUCAGCACUGCUGCUGCUGCUACUGCUGCUGAUGGUGGCGGUGGGGGUGGUUUAGGCUCGGUUGAUGGUGGUGAUGGUGGGUACAUGGACGUGGGGGAUAGUGCAAAGCAACAAUCCUGGCAGGGAGCAGAGGGCGCGCAGCAGCAGGUGGGGCAGCAUGCGUCGAGGCAGCAGCAGCGCCAUGACGCGGCCGGUGCGGCAGCGUCGGCAGCGCAUGUGGAUGCACACGCACAUGUGCACAUGGACGGGUGUGGGGAGAUGGACAUGCAGCACGCACGCGCCAGUGAUGGCGCGCAUGUGGACGGCCAUGUGGGGUUGCAUGGUGGGCACGUGGGAGUUCAUGGCGGGCACGCGCACAUGGAGGGCGAGGCGCAGAGUCACAUGCGAACGCACAGCAGCGAGCACGUGCAGGCAUGGGGCGCGCAUGUCGCAGCGGAGGGGGGUGCGAUGCAAGGGCUUGGGGUGGAAGGGCAUGGCAUGGCAGGGCAUAGAAUGGCGGAAGCUCAGGGGGGCAUGGCGGAGCCUUGCGCAGACAGGCAGAGUGGUGAGCAGGAGGAUGUUUUGAGAUUAGAGAGCGAUCACAACCAGCGCGGCAGCCUGGGAAGCAUGCCAGCACCUGAGAACGCACCUGAAGAAGCACCUGGAGAAGCACCUGGGCGUGGUGAUGCGGCAGGGGGGAGUGGCAAGAUGGGGCAGGAGACGCUGAGACCAGAGCGCGCGGAGAGCGGCAGCCUGCAACGCGAGAGUGAUGCGGGGCACGGGGAGCAGAGGGAAACAGGUGGGGCAGUGCAGUGCUCGCAGACGCAGGUGGCCAUGCAAGAGGCCGGGCAAGAGGAGGGUAUGCAGGGGCAGCAGCAGGAGGAGCAGGCAGCGCUGGUGGCACAGCAGCAGCAGCAGCAGCAGGGCGGGGAGCAGGACAGUGGCUUGGCUCCUCUGCAAGCUUGCCUGCAUGCUGAGGUGGGCGUAGCAGAGAGCAGCGAGCACACACUAGCCGACCUGCAACAGCAGCAGCAGCAGCUGGUGGCCUCGCCUCCUGUGGAGGUCACUGUGGUAUCAGGGCAGGCGGGGCAGGCGGGGCAGGCGGGGCAGGCCGGCCAGGCCGGCCAGGCCAGGCACGAAGGGCAGCAAGGGCUCAGUCCAGGUGCUGUUUCUGCAGGUGCUGGUAGUGCGGGCAGUGCGGGUAGUGGCAGUGCUGGUGGUGGCGCACUGGAUGCUGCUGCUGCUGGGGGCGCAACUGAUAGUGCUGGCGUCACUGUUGCUGCUGCUGCUGCUGGUGGUGGUGGUGGUGGUGGUGGUGGUGGUGGUGGUGGUGGUGGUGGGGUGGUGCUGGAUGGUGGUGCGAGUGCUAGUGCUGCGAUGGGCUUCAGUGGAGUGGGCGCAGUGGGCAUGGGCAGUGAGGUGGGGGGCGAGGCGCAAGCGCAGCAGCACAUGAUGAUGGACCAACCCAUCUUCCACGCGCCAGCCCCCCCCCCGGAGGCGACGAGCGCCAUGCAGGUGAUGAUCAACGGCAAGCCAUGGGACGUGCCCAUUGGGCUGCUGGAUGUGCGCAACAGCUUUGGAGAGGGCGCGGUGAUCUUCGACGCGCAGGGCUGCGCCGUGCCCACCAGCGACCUGGGCAUCACGCUGCAGCCGCUGCACGAGGGCAGCAGCUACACCGUGCAGGGGGGCGACAUUGCCCUGGUCUCUGACCCCGUUUCUCUGCUGCCUGAUGACGACCUUGUGCCCGACUCCACAUUGCUCUGAUGCCCAAGCUCACAAGCUCGUAGGUGACUCUUCAAGAGCCAUUCCCAAGAAUGCCCAAGCUCGUUGGUGACUUAUGAGUCGACUCAAAAGUCAGCUCGAGAGCCAUUCUUUUACACUUUUCAGUCUCAGUCUUGCGCAGCGAAACACUCGGCCCAUGCGGCAUAUUGCACGCGUGCACACAUUCGAACUCACCCGCACAUGCAUCAUCCAUUCAUUCAAGCACGGGCCAUGCGAGGGGCGGCUAUACCUGGAGCCCUGUCGGGAGGUUGCCCAUGAUGGUGUGGUGACCAUGUCAUGUGGCAUGGUCCCCGUGCCAUGCUUUUGUGCAUCCUUCCCAUGUGGGUGCACAGCACAUGCCUGGCCUGAUGCCUCGGGUUGAGCCACUUGGGGUGAACACUGAACAAUUAGCAUGGAUGUGCAAUGGCCCUCGUGAGUCCGAGCCAUGUGCAAACUGCAAGGAAGCAUGCAUGGGCGUGUGAACUUUAUGCCAGCAGGACAGCAAGAGCCACGCUAUAUCCGGAGAGUAGAUUAGCCAGUUAGUGGUGGGCAAUCCAGGGACAUGGUGUCUACUGUAGACACAUGUUUGCAUCUUUUAGAUAAUGUACUGGUGAUAGGUAGAAAAUACUGUAUCUCUAUCAGCCACAGCUGAGCU